CUUUGUGCUGUUUGUCUUCAGGGCUAUGUUGUUUACCGUGUCCGUGUCAGGCGUGGUGGUAGGAAGAGGCCCGUGCCCAAGGGUAUUGUCUAUGGCAAGCCAAAGCACCAGGGUAUCACCCAACUCAAGUUCCAGAGGAACAAGAGGUCUGUUGCUGAGGAGAGGGCUGGGCGUAAGCUUGGUGGACUGAGGGUUCUCAACUCCUACUGGGUGAACGAGGAUAGUACGUACAAGUACUUUGAGGUCAUCCUCGUUGAUGUUGCCCACACUGCCAUCCGCAACGACCCCAGGAUCAACUGGCUGUGCAAGGAUGUGCACAAGCACCGCGAGCUCCGUGGCCUCACCUCUGCUGGCAAGAAGUACCGUGGUCUGCGCGGCAAGGGCCACACCCACCACAAGAACAGGCCCUCCAGGAGAGCCACCUGGAAGCGCAACCAGACCCUCUCCCUCCGCCGCUACCGUUGAGCUCUGUGCCUGGAUACUGGAACCCCCAUCCCAAGCAAAACUUCGGCUGUGUUUGGUUGCAUUUUUCAAAUUUUGGUACUUGUGUUCUGAGCACUUGGAACUAUGUUAGAUGUCUACUAUGGAGCAUAUGUCGUGAACUAUUUGCAAUUUGGCUGUGUUAUCAGACAAAGAAUGGUUAGUGAUCUAAUGCUGUGUGCUGCUGUGUACUCACGAUGAUUGCAUCUUUGCA